CAGUUAGCCAAUCGGCUGUCACCCCGGGCUUGUUUGGAUUUAAAUGUCCCAUAAAUAGUGAUCGGUGCUCGGGCCGCUCAGUGUCCGGGUGUUACCGGUAGGGACGGCCAUGGCGAACCUCUCUCAGUGUCUGGAUGAUUUGCCCUUCGGUUGCCGCUGGCCCGCCGCACCCCCGGACCUGUACAGCGAGGCCCAGCGCCUGGCCCUGGAGGAGCUGCUAUCCGGGGGCCCCGAGGCGCUGCGAGCCUUCCUGCAGAGGGAGAAGGUGACCGGGUUCCUGUCGGAGCCGGAGGUGGCGGAGAUCCUGAGCUCGGCCGCCGCCGUACAGUGCGGGGAGGACGAGGUGUCGGUGUCCGCCUCCGUGGAUUGUUCUUCGGUCACUUAUUUCCCGGAGAUCUCGGAUGUGGAGCCGCCGCUGCUGGAGCUCGGGUGGCCGGCGUUUAGCGCUGGAUCCUACCGGGGAGCCACACGGGUGGAGGUGCAUUUCCAGCCCGGCUAUGGGGGAACCAUCUACAGCUGCAAAGAGGCGGCCAGGUCCCUGAUAAAAGGCGCCAGAGAGGUGAUCGCAAUAGUCAUGGAUUCCUUUACAGACAAUGACAUCUUUCGGGAUGUUCAUGAAGUCUGCAGAAAACGUAGGGUUCCUGCUUACAUCUUGCUGGACGAAGCACAGCUGCCACACUUUCUUACAAUGUGCCAGAACCUUGGAGUUGCCAUAGAAAAUGAACAGCUCAUGAGGGUCCGAACCUUAACAGGAAAUAACUAUUACACCAGGUCUGGUGCCAAGGUUGUAGGAAAGGCUCAUGAGACAUUUCUGCUCGUGGAUGGGUUGAAGGUCGCUACAGGAAGUUACAGUUUUACUUGGCUGGAUGGGAAGCUCAACAGCAGUAAUAUGCUUGUAUUAAGUGGACAAGUGGUGGAGAAAUUUGACCUCCAGUUCAGGAUCCUCUACGCUCAGUCCAAACCGAUCCCUUCAAAGCUUAUUUCAAGCAUCCGAAACCGACCAAUAUCUAUUCCCAAGCUGACAUGUAAUCCUGCAGCCCAAAGAAAUCCAUUAUAUAGCAGUCUCUUGAGUCUAGAGAUGGCAAAGAAUUCUAGCACUCCAAAGAGAAUGAAUUUAGAUGCUAAACCAAUGUGGGAUAGCAACGAAGGUCCGUCUACAAACGUGAGGGCUUUUGAAGAUGAUUUGAUGCGGAACUGUGACAUAAUCUCUGGCCUUAAAGAGACUGAGAGCGUAGCCACUCAGACUGAGCCAUGGCUUGCUUGGAAGACUGCGAAAGCAAUGGAUGCAGCUACUCAAACAAACGUCUGCACCUCAACUGCUGGAACGCAGACUGCUGUUCUGGCGAGAGUGGCUACUACCCAAACUAUGGUGUUCUCAAGGGCUAUAAGUACACAAACAGCUAGUGUCCCUGAGUCCUCAGCUGCUUGUAGCCAAACCACUUCCAAGCCUUCUACCUCAAGGUUGUCAUCGUCUUCUUACACCUCCUCGUCAUCCUCAUCAUCUUCUGCAUCCACCACCAGCACUGGCUCCAGUACCUCUCUCCAUUCCACUGACAUCACAGGCAGUGGUCUUAAUCUUGCAGAAUACCAAAUGCGGGACUCUUUCAAGAAACUUACCAAGGAGCGCCAGGUUCAUUAUACUUCUAUAAGGUCCAAACUGGACCACAUGGUUUCCAUACUUUCUAGGAAAAACCGCUUAGCCAACACAUUCUUUGCCUGUGAACCCAUUGCUUAUGGCUUACAAAGAAGCGUCAUGCACAAUAGUAUGUUUAACCUCCGUGAUGGUGCUCGCUUUCAUCACAAUUACUAAGAGGCCUAAGAGAAGUCUUACCAGGCCUAUGUCUUUACUGUGGAAGAUGGAAUAGUCUGAGGAUUUAGUGAGACUUUCCUGAUAGUCUCCUGGACUCAUGUUCCUUGUGCUUACUACUUCUUAAAUAUCUGCUGUCCGUAUAGCACUUUAGGACUUUGCUACUAGUUUUAAAAAUACUAAAACAGAGUACUCGUACUCAGAAUGUGUAACACUAAUGCCUCUCUUACGUGUUCCUUCAAAAAAAGUCUGCUAGUGGUAUAACUAAAGAACUUUCCAUGUGUGUGGAAACUUCUUUCAUUACUGAGUACAUACAUGUACUUUUUCAAUAGCGAAUGAGAUGGAGCAGUGUUAAAGGUAUCUGCAGUUCUUGCCUCUGGCCAUUAAUGGUUGAUGCGUGGCUUCCUGGAGAAGGAGAUACUAUCAAACCUAAUUCACUCAGAACGUCCUGAGGCACAACAUGGGACAGGUUUGGACUCUUACCAAUUCCAGAAUGCCGUUUUCCUCCUUCACCUGCUUUUACCACUUCAUGGAAGAUGCCUCAAAUCUGCCACCUGCUUUUAUAACCUUUUUUUUUAAAAGUAUUUAUUGAAUCUAUUUUGCUAAUACUAGUGAUAGAUGAAUGCUUCUAGUGCUGAGUUAUCCAAUGCCAUAGUCUUUCAAUAGGUUGAACAAGCAGCCCGAGAGGGGACGACGUGUUACGUGAAUCAGAUACUUCCCAAGGAAGUUUUGUUGGAGCCAUCUAGCUCUAUGGGAGCGAUCAUAUAUUAAAUUGACAGUCUUGUGAGGGGGGGGG